UCUCCCGCAGUCGCCUUCCCUCUGACUCUCGACGCAACGCCGCCGCCGCCUCAGACUCCUGCCGGCGUCCCCGCUCCUCAGUCCACUUCCGCCGCCGAGGCGCUGCUCCCCCUCCCUUGGUCUUGUGGAGUGCAGUAGAGUGGAUAUCCGUUCGGACGUGGAUUGGUUCUUCUUUCGUCGUGCCAACCUACUGAUCCAACGUCUCAAUCUAUGUCUCGAUUAGUUUCUUCCUCUUUAUCGCGCGAGAUCGAUCUGUCCAAUUUGGUGUUUGUGAAAUAAAUUGAGGUCAAGGAAGCAAGCAAGGAAGGAGGCAUCAUGGAGGAAGGGGACGUGCGGGUGGACCUCGACAAGCUCCCCAUCAAGCGCCUCGAGGCCAUCGACGAACCCGGCAACGAGCACUACCCACCGGACACCACCAGCGAGGAGCAGCGCCUCGCGGCCAUCCGCCGCAUCGACUUCUCCUGGGUCAUCGAGAAGGACGCCAAGAAGGCCAAGAAGGUUGCCGACGCCGACACGACCCAGCAGGCAUGGCCGUGGCAGGGCCUCAUGGAGAGCCUGCAGCAGGCGCAACAGGAGCUCUCCGUUGUCAUUGACCUCAUUGGCACCGUUGAGGCCAACGAUGCCGUGGCAGUCGCCUCGACAACAAAGCCCAAGUCGCAGCCAAAUGAAACACUAGUUGACAUGGCGGUCUCCGCUGCCACCAAGCUCCAGCGCCUUCGGCAUUUGUCACGGUACUUCAAACAAUCCGCCAAGACGAUGGAGCAACAGUUCCAAAAGGAGACUAGGUUCUACAGCUCAUUAAUCAGAUUGCAGCAGAACUGGAAAGUGAAGUGGCAACGGGUUGUUGGGAGUGGUCCAGGAAGUGAAGGCUUCAUGUUUGACCUAGCUGAUAGUUCUCAGUUAGAUACAACAGGAAUGCCUCGAUUGUCACCACUGCCUUUAGUUCCAAUAGAUCAAGACUCCUCAGGCACUUUGUCUGUACAAAUCCAGCAAAAGUUUUUCCGUUCCUUGAGCCUUCGAUUUCGUGGAGACAGUGACAAUAAUGCUGAACGCAAUGCCAGCAGAAAGAAAGAAGGCACUUUAAGCAGCACUAAUUCUGAAGCGGAAAAGGAUGCUCUGGAGAAUGAUGAUAUCAAUAAGUCUAUCAAACAUGCACAUUCUAUCCUCCGCAACAUCCACAAGUCAAUAUUUGAGGAGCAGGUAUUUGAUAUGGUGAUCCGUGGGACGUUUAUCCAAUCGCAAGGCAUCACUGUUACUGGAAUGUGCAAAGAUUUUCUCCAAUUAGCGAUUGGUCAGGAGUGUUCUUUGUGCCUUUCGCUUGUGCACUCUGGACAGAACAGUGACUCAGAAACGAUAGGUCUGGAAGAAUAUAUGGAUUCAGAGGAUGCUGGAAAUCUUGCGGUAGCCAUUGUCAAUGGGAAGCAGGAGUCUUUAAAUAAAGACGUGUCAGGGCUUCCUAACCCCAAAAGUUUGGAAAUUUACUUGCUACAUAUGUUCCAUGAGAACAUUCUUAGGAAAAAAAGGGAGAAAUAUUGUAAUGUUGUUCGCUACCAGAGUCCUGCUCAGGCUGCACCUGAUGAUUGUGGCCUGCUAGGUCAUUUCUGCAUGACAGUGGCUCAUAGGAUAUUUUCUAAUAAAGUACAUUUGGAGCUGGAGAGUGUGGUUAGUAGGGUUCCUUAUCUACAUCUGCGUUCUCUUUGUACAUGGCAUUCUCGAACUUCUUCCUGGUCACUCUGCUUGAAAGUUCCUCAGCCUAUCCUGGCCUCUAAUCGGGUCACGAAGCCUUCAGAUAAUCAUGAGCCUAAAUACAAAUCCAGGUUGCAGUUUAAUACAAAGGUGAUCUUGAAAGAUGGCCAAAUUAGUUUGAUGGGUGAAGGCUCUCCAAGCAUUGCUGGAUCAUUGACUGGGAAACCCUCUGAUGGACAUUUGAUAAAUAGUUACAAUUGUGACUUUGAAGACCUCCCAAUGAUGCUUCUGCAGCAGGUUGCCAGUCAAGUGAUCCACUGGCUUCAUGAAGAAGCAAUGGUUCUCGGAAUGAAUGUGACUAGAGACUUCCUGUGCCUUUACUUUGAUCUUGACCAAGGUGAAACGCUUGGCCUAGUGGCACAUGUCGACCCAGAUGAUGCGUACGGGUGCAUUUCGUGGUACCUAACCGUUGAUCACCCGAUGGAGGAAGGGAAGAUGUCAGCAGAUAAUCCAGAGCUGGAGAAGCGUAGGUUUUUGGGGUAUCUGUCCCUGGAAGUGUUGUACUCUACCCUGAUGGACCUGAUAAACUUGUGCAGCACUGGUGUCCACCACUAAUAUUGUACUAGGUCUGAAUAAUAUAUAACUUGUCGCUUGGGGCGAUCAGAUUUGCGCCUCUUGAUCUCCUAACAAGGGAUGAAAUGAUGUAUUCAUGUUGUCUUUGAGAGCAUGUAAAGCCAGGCAUUUUGCGCACCUGCCACGUUUGUUAAGUGAUAAUUUGCUGCUGUCCCUUGGUGGUGGUUGUACCAGUCGACUGGAAAAUGAAGAGGAAAGCCGAGGAGCUGUUGGGGAUGUGAUUUUUCUUGUU